GAGUCGGCCAUAUUGGAAUUUCAAGUCUGCUAUACAGUGAGCAAGUAGGCAGCCUCUUAGAUUAUAUCUAAAAUUCAGCUGAAUUUCGCCUGUAACCGCAGCGCCAGAGCCUGGCAUUGCACCCGAGAGCCCGCUUUUCUGAUCGGGACGUUGUCUGUGUAUUUCGCGGAGUUAAAAUGAGUCCCACGGACGCUAAACGCGGAGCGAAACGCAGGAAGAAUAAGCGGGGCGGCGGCGCAGGGAAGGCCGGAGCUCCGCCAACACCCUCCACCGGAGUCGCUCACGGAGACCCCAACACCAUCCCCAGCAUGAACGGAGAGGUUCCAUUGAAUGGAGCACCACAGUUUUCAGAAGGGCCAGUUAACGCUGAUUUCUCAGGAGUCCUUCAGACCCCGUUCACUUUCGGGGUGAACCAGAGGGCCCCGUAUACCACAGGGGACCGGUGCCUGCUAUGUCGUAGCGAACGCAAGGACAUCGUCUCCCAGGACGUCGGAGGAUCACAGAAUGGAACGACCCAGUCGCCCAAAUCUUCCAGCGCCCUUCAGCUGCCUCUUUAUGUCUGCUCCGACUGCAAGAGAACCGUGGAAAAGGACGAUCGCCAGCCACCCUUUGACCAGUCCCUGUUGAAUCAGGACUUUUUAUUGCACAUGCCGGUGGGUAAUGGUAGUUUGUCCCAGGAGCCCAUAGGGACCGGCGGGAGACUUGCUGUCGGAGCUCCUACACUACCUGCACCAGAUCUCAGCACUCCACUUAGCGCAGACACAGUGUGCAGCUGUGAGGCCUGCUAUGAGCGGAGGGAGAUCACGGCCGAGUCCGAGCGGGAGUCACAGCAGCUGCAGAAUCACUGGUCUGAGGUUCGAUACCUGGUCAGGUGCAUUUACCGUCAGACGGGAACGUCACUGGCUGAUGAUCAGGAUCAGCCUCUCGACCGGGACAAAGAGAGCAUGAAGGAGCUUGUUGACAGGCUUUGCGAGAAGGAUCCCUACCAGCUGUACCAGCGUCUGGAGCAGCAGGCGAGGGAAUACGUGUUAGAAACGAAGGUGCGGUUACUUAAGCACCUGUCUGCCGGCUCCAAGGCGACCAUGGCCGUGGCUCAGGGACCUCCGCAGGCCCACCAGUUCAUCUCGCUGCUGCUAGAAGAGUACAACGCCCUCUGCCAGGCUGCCCGCACCAUCAGCAGCUUCCUGCUCACCUUGGAGAAUGAGCAUUUGCAGAAGUUCCAAGUCACAUGGGAGCUCCACAAUAAGCACCUUUUUGAGAACCUGGUGUUCUCUGAACCCAUCCUGCACAACAGUCUACCUGCCUUAGUGGCCCAGCUCAGGCAGGGCACAACAUCCCAUGAUUCAUAUAGUGAGGAUAUGUACCGUACUCUACUGGAGAGGUACCACCACCUGGACCAGGAGAUGAGCACAGUGGCACUAGAAUGGUUGGAGUGCGAGAAAAGGAUUGAUGACUAUGUUGAUGAGCAGUUGCUAUUUAAGGUUGAAGGUCAAAAUCUCACAAAUCAAAGGACAGAACCGCAUAAAUCUUUAAUUAAUAGAAAUAUGUCUUUAAAAACUAAGCAGCGAAUGCUAAAAGAAGACGCAGAGAUCUUCAAACAGAAAAGAUUUUUUGAAGAGCCGUUCUUAUCGAGCAGUAAAACGUCUCUGGGUGGUGACAGUAAAUUCACAAACACAGUGAAACAGAUGUUGUCCUCCAGGCUGAGCAUCCCAGACUGUCCCAACUGCAACUAUCGACGGAGGUGUACCUGUGAUGAUUGCAGCCUAUCUCACAUCCUCACCUGUGGUAUCAUGGAUUCUCCCAUGUCAGAGGACCUGCACUUAAAGCUGCCUCUGCAAGCAGAGCCUGUCCGGGACUACUUGUCAGAAGUCCACCCCCCCAGCAUGUCAUCGGGCAGCUCGGGGUCCGGCUCAGCCCCAGGCUCCCCCAUCACCAUUCAGCAGCACCCACGCCUUAUCCUGCCACAGGAUGGCGCCACCACAUUUGACGAUGAAGUGCCUCCGUUGUCUGCCAUCUAUCCUUUGAGUGGGUACGAGGACCCUGCGUUGGUGGCAAGCAUUAAUGGCAUUCACAGACAACUUGGUGGAGGGGACGAAAGCAUUACCCUCAAAGAUAAAUCGCCACGUGGUAGCAGCAGCAGUAGCAGUUCUUCAGAAGGUGAUGAGGAGGAGGGGGAAAGCGGUGGGGAACCCUCAGGCCAGAAUGAGGCACUUUCUAGAGGAAAGAGUGACUGUCCUCCUCCAUCAUAUCCUCAUACACAGAUGGAGCAGGUACAUCAAUGCGAGUGUCACAUGUGUAACCAGGGCACUGGAGAUGGUAGCCCGUCUGGCUUAGGCUCCACCUGUCUCCCAACCAGCAGGCUGCACACCGGGGGUCACCAGUUUUUUUCAGACAAGACGGCAGCCCAUCCUUCCUUUCACCUCUACCCCCACAUCCAUGGUCAUCUCCCUUUACACAACCUCUCCCACCUGCCCAGACCGCUGCUGCCCACCCUGUACUCCACCCCUCCGCUCACACACAGCAAGAUGCUUCCUUCCACCCCCACGUCAAGUCACACAGGUGGGAAGCAGCAAAUGUUUAACCCCACCUUACCAGAGCAUGUCUACCAGAGCUGCUUCAGCACGACGGGGGACUGGGACGGCUCUCUGCCGUGUCCCCCGCUCAAGCUGGAGAACCUAUGGGACACGCACAUGAUGAAGAACUGGAACCCUUCUGUGCUGCUGCAGGAGCCGUUACCUGGUGACAUGCUGGGCCCUCCCCUUCCCGACGUUCCCCUUCUCUCCCCCAGUUUAGACCCCACUCUCAACCCCCACCCUGUCCCAGAGGGCAAAGAGAAGAAAAACAGCGCAAAGAAGAAGUGUCUCUUCAACUACCAAGAUGCCUUCAUGGAGGCCAGUGAAGCGGUCAUGGACACCUCCUCUGCGGCCUCCUCUGUGUCCAGUACCACCACCACUGUCCAGUCAAAUGAUGUUUUCCAUAAUUUAGGUAAAGAGGACCAUAGACAUACCACGCCUAUCGCUCCUAGGAAUAGCCCUACCGGUCUGGCAUCUCUCCCACCUCUCAGUGGAACCUCGCAUCCCUCGUUCCCCAGCACACAUCUGCCCAGUAUAGGAACCCAGUCCUUCCCAAAGUCUGCAUCGCAGACUCCAAGCUUUAUGGAGUGCUUGUCAUCUGGUGAACAGCAAACCACCCCUUUGGAGGGUCUGGGCAGUGGUCCAAAUAGUGUGUGCAGUGAUCCUGAUUGUGAGGGUCAUCGCUGUGAAGGAAAUGGUGGCUGUGAGCACCAACAUUAUGAAGGAGAGGAGAGCCAAGAUGACGAUAGCAGCUCGGAACACAGCUCCUCCACAUCAACCUCCACAAAUCAGAAAGAAGGGAAGUACUGUGACUGCUGCUACUGUGAAUUCUUCGGUCACGGAGGGCCCCCUGCUGCACCCACCAGCAGAAACUAUGCAGAAAUGCGGGAAAAGUUGCGACUCAGGCUGACAAAGCGCAAAGAGGAACAGCCCAAGAAGGAAGAAUUGCUGCUGGAGCGGGAUGGAGUGGAGGACCAUCGCAAGGUGGAAGACUUGCUGCAGUUCAUCAACAGUGCAGAUAACAAACCAGCCAACAGCAGCAGCUCUAAAGCAGCGAAACGGGCACGCCACAAACAAAAGAAGCUGGAGGAGAAAGCUCGCCUAGAGGCAGAGGCUCGGGAACUGGAGGUACAGCAGCAGUUUUUAAAGGAACAGAGGAGGCAGCAACAGGAGGAAGAGGCGGCGCUAAAGCAAGAGCUGCUCCGUUUACAAGAAAUCCAACAGUUGCGUGCGUCCAAGAAGAAGAAAAGGGACAAUAAAGCCAAGGAGGUAACGAAGUCGGAAAAUCCUUCUCUCGUUCCAACAACCAACAACCCUCAGCCUCUUCGGCAGACCGCACAGAGUGUUCUGGAAAAGAACCUACAGAAUGGCAAAUCUCAGCUACUGCAUAAUCUAAUUCGUCUUACUCCUAAAGAGCCUCGUAUAGAACCCGAAUCCCCCAAGAACGGCACAUCCCAACAGCCAAGUCCAAAGAUCUGCAAAGAGAGGCCUUCGGAGUCUCCCGUACUCCAGAAUGGCACCUCACCCCAACCAGAACCCACCCUAACCAAGGCCAAACCAAAACAGCAGACAAACGGCCCAAAAAACAAUGGUGAGGCCACCAAGAGGCCGGCUGAGAUCCCAAAGGAUCCAGAGCCUCCAAAAGCCACCUCUCAAACUGACAGCAAAGCCAAGCAAAGAGCUUUAGAGGAGUCGGUAACUGAGCUCAAAAGGGACGAGAGGAGUAAAAAACAGCAGCAGAAUGGAGGGAAGGAUGAGAGGAACUCUCCUGUUAUUGAGUCUCUAGCCUUUGAAGCUCCUCAGCAGAACGGCAAAGUCCCAAACAACGAGUCACUUCAGCCCAAAAGCAAGCCUAAGAAGAAUAAAAAGAAAAAAUCAGACAAGCUUAACAACUCGAUAGAUGAUGUAUUUCUGCCCAAAGACAUUGAUUUGGACAGCGUGGAGAUGGACGAGACGGAGCGCGAAGUAGAAUAUUUCAAAAGGUUCUGUUUAGACUCUGCACGACAAACAAGACAGAGGUUGUCCAUCAACUGGUCCAAUUUUAGCUUGAAGAAGGCCACAUUUGCCGCCCACUAAUGGGGGUCUUCCUUUCAACAGACAUUGGCAGGAAUCAUUAAGCGUUCCUCCGGUUUCUUCUUUCUCCCAUGUUUCUACAGGCUGACCCCAGUGCUGCUACGCUCCAACCGCUCCUCUGGUCUGCAUUAUCCAUGCCGCCUUGCCUUUUCCUUGUUGUUGUGGGUUCCCCAAAGAACCCAAAACGGCUUAUAAUCCUGCAGUUAAAAAAGCAAAGUCAAAAAAAGAAAAAACAACCACAUAAUGCUACUCUAUGAGUUUUCCCUUUGUUUCCUUUAAAGUCUUCGCGUGUGCUUUUUGUCAGUGAGUGGACCAUUCAUUUUUAGGUCUGUACCAUGUUUUGGGUUUCCUGUGGCCUUCACAGUUGUCAAGAUGCUGUAUGUAUAGGAGAAUGAAAGCGCUGCAAAAGACAUGCUUAAUGAAAAAGAUGAAUUGAAAAAAGAUCAUUUUAUUCAAAUGAAUUGUGGCUUUGCUCACCCGCACCCGGCACUGCACUUCCUCACAGCUCCGUGUCAAGAAAAUCGGGACUGCUCGGCAUUUUCGGGAGAACGGCUUAUACUUGACGACACACACAUCAGUUUAUCAGUUCGAUGUAACAACUGUGUUCAAGUUUCUUUCCUGUUUGUUUUUCCCCAACUUGUACCAAGGUUGUAUCAGAAGAAUCAUAUUGAAAAGAACAAUACUCACGCUAUCAAUCUGUUAUAGAGUGUAUAUUGUAUUAACACUGAAGCCAGACUGGCUACUUUUUAACAUAUUGUUAAGUAAUAUUAAAAUCUUGUCUUUCUUUUUGAAAGAUGAAAUACAGUAGAGUGGCAGGAAA